CCAGAAUGCUAUAAUCAACGGUACUGAUGGUAAUAAUGCAGCUCUGUCGCUCACUGGGUCUCUCUUGUGUCUCCAGGUGUUCCACAGUCUGUUCUGGCCUCUGGAGUUCACCGUGCCCAACAGAGACAACAACAAGUGCUACGCUAAGAUCAUCUGCAACAAGCUGGACAACGACCGUGUCAUUGGCUUCCACUACCUGGGUCCGAACGCCGGGGAGGUGACGCAGGGCUUCGGUACGGCCAUGAAGUGUGGAGCCACUAAAGAACAGCUGGACAACACUAUCGGCAUCCACCCAACCUGCGCCGAGAUCUUCACCACUCUGGAGGUGACGAAGAGCUCGGGUGGAGAAAUCACCGCGGCCGGCUGCUGAGGUUAAACCCUGCUCGUUUAGCGGGCUGCGCUCAUGUUAGACUCCCCAAAACACCCCCCACUCUCUCAUCUCCCCCCCCCUCAAACGCUCCCUUCAAAGAGCCGCUGAGCAUCGGGACAAACCAGCGUCCAUCUCGGAGCGAGAAGAGUGUGAAAUGAGUCUGAAUGACAUGAGUCUGCAGCCUGCUGAACAGCGGGGUUACUCUGCUGAUUUCUCCUGGGCUCCAACAGUCCUUCUCAGAGGAGCACCAACACACACACACACACACUCGAUAUAUGUGUGUGUGUGUUGGGGCUGUUUGUGACGUCCUGGCCCGUAACCUUGAAUCUUCAGGUGGGCUAGGACUGAUGUCCCUCUGCAGAAGCGCCUGAUUUGGCGUCCAAACUUUCGUCCAAUCCCCCAAACUACACACACACACACACACACACACACACACACACACACACACACACACACACACACACUCUCUCACUUUAGAAGUACGGAUUGAAGCGGCACACAGGCGAGGUUUGAAAGGAUGCUCGGCUCCAGCUUGAAAGCCUUUUAUUUAACGCGUGUAGGUUGAUUACGUCUUCAUCAUUCCACUCUUCAUCAUGUCUUUGAGGGUGGAAUGAGUCCAUGUCGCGCUCUAUAUUUAUCUGUUGUGUGUGUGGAGCAUCUGCCUUUUAAAGAAAUCUCUUCCAAACAGACAUCCUUUCAGACCUCGCUGCGUCGCUGCCACACAAACACAACCCUGUACUGAAUGUUGUGUUUGGAUAUUAGUAAGGAGGGAAAACAUUUUCACGAGUUUGUACUAAGUUAAUUUAAUGCUCGUUUGUGGCAUCUUGCCUCUGCUUUAUGCGUCUGUCGAGGAUAUAUUCCAUCUGCAGUUCUGCUGUCUCUGCGUGACUCUGGUCACAUUUAUAAGUGACUUGUUCGUUGGCGUCAAAACCACUGUAGAUGACUUCUUUCAAGAUUCAAUAAAGGAUGAAUACAACUUC